AUGGCUACCCCCAGUGUCCUUACCUUUGAUGCUGAGGGUCGUGCUGUUGACUUCGAGGUCUGGGUCGAUGACCUACAGCUCUUCCUACAGUGCGAAAGGGCAGAAGGACUCUCCCUGUUCGAUCUCACCUCUUGUGCCUCUCUUGCCCCGCCUGCUACUGCUGACAGCACUGUUCGCUCACAGUGGGCCACACGCGAUGCUGCUGCCCGUCUUGCUGUGCGUCGCCACUUACCGACCGCUGAGCGUGCGCACUUUAGUCAGUACAAGAGUGCUAAGACCUUGGACCACUUCCUUUCUGUUUGCUCCACCACACUCACCGUUGACCUCCUCGAGGAGCGCCUCCUGGCAGCUGAGAAGAGUAUAGUCGCUGUAGGAGCCUCUCGAGGUGACCCUCGUGCCCGUGUCUUUGAGGGGUGCUCCCCCUCCCCCCUUUUGCCCUCUGUUGCCUCUACUGCUGCCGUCGACUUCGUUGGUUUCGAGUCGGUCAGCGUUGCGUCUGCCCCUAGCGGGCAACGCCGCACCGGCAAGGGCAAGGGGGGCAAGGGCGCUGGAGGGGCUGGCGGGGGCAGUGGAGGUGGCGGUGGAGGAGGCGGAGGGAGUGGGGGUGGUGGUGGGAGUGGUGGCGGGGGUGGAGGUGUCGGUGGCAGCAGUGGAGGCGGAGGAGGCGGCGGAGGUGGCGGUGGGAGCGGAGGAGGAGGCGGUGGCGGCGGUGGCGGAGGUGGCGGCGAAGGAGGUGGAGCUAGUCGGGGUGGCUCUGCGCAGCGGGGCAGCUUAUGUGGUGGUCAGCACCAGCAGCAGCAGCGCACUCGUGAGACCCCGUCCCCCCAGCAGCUUCGUGGGUGGUACGCUGGGCGUCAGCGAGGUGGGGGUACUGGUCCCUGUACCUACGUCCUCCGUACCGGCGACCGCGCUGGUGAGCAGUGCGGGGGCUCGCACUCCACCCAGCGCUGCUUCGGCCGCCUGACGGACGCUUGGCGUCACCAAUUCCGUGACGCCAAUGAGAUUUCUCGCUGGGGAGAGCUGUCUGGGGCGGGGGUUGCUAUCUUUGAUCUUGACUAUGAUGCUCUUCUUGCUGCCAUGUAUGCUGUGUCUACUAGUGAUGAGGGUGACUGUUACCUGUGUGUUCCUCCUCACCCGGGCAUUGAGGCUGCUGCUCUAGGUGCUGGUGAGGCUGCUGCUCUAGGUGCUAGUGCGUCUGCUGCCGCAGGUGCUGGUGAGUCUGCUCUCUCAGGUACCACGUCGACUCAGGCCUUACACACCUUCACCCUUGACUCGGGUGCUUCCCACUCCUUCUUUCGAGACCGCACCUUGCUUACGCCGCUUAGUCGGCCAGUUGCGGUCUCCCUGGCGGACCCCUCUGGGAGUCUUGUCCUUGCUCGCUUCUCCACUGUCUUACCGUGUCCGGCAGCCCCCUUUGGCACCCUGUCAGGUCUCUACCUCCCCUCGUUCUCUACGAACUUAGUGAGUGGUGCUGAUCUACAGGGUCGGGGGGUUGACCAGUUCACUCCUGCGAGUUAG